AUUUAAUAAAUCUCAAGAUGGAUUACAAAUAUCUAGAUCCAAGCAGGGAUCGCACUAACAAUUAUGCUCAAGACCAAAAUUUCCAGCAACCAGCCACACAUUCGCCUGCUUAUACACAGAAUGAGGGGUAUGAUAGCUAUCAAGCAGAUGGCUCUAGCUACCCUGGCCAAUACGAAAGCCAACCACAGAAUCUUGGGCAGCAAGCAUAUCAAGAGGGCGAAUACGAACAAGAUGCCGCGGAAACCUCCCUUUCGGAUUAUAAUUCUCAUGAAAGUUGUGUUAGAAUAACUACAAAAUAGAAUCCCAAAUACCCCAGGAUUACAGAAGGAAAGUGGGGUCCCAAUAGCAGUGUCGAUUAAUUAUUAUGGAGAUCCUUACUUUGAUGGAGAGCCAAUUCCAACAAUCUCCUUUGGAUCAAACCCUAUAGUCAGAUGCAAGGAUUGUAGAGCAUAUGUCAACCCAUUCAUCAGAUUCACUGAUGGAGGAACGAGAUGGAUUUGCAACUUCUGAGGAGCGUUCAAUAAUGUUGAUAAUUACUUCUACUCUCCUCUCACGAAUGGAGUAAGGAAUGAUAUUGAGGACAGGAAAGAACUCCAAUAUGGCUCAGUAGACUUCUUAGCUUCAGCAGAUUAUAUGAACAGACCCCCAAUGCCUCCUACUUUCCUAUUCGUAUUUGAUGUAUCAAAAAGUGCGAUUGAUACAGGCUAUCUUCCAAUUGUCACAGCCUCUAUUCUCAAAGCAAUUGAAUCCGAUACGAUCCCAGGGGGAGAUAGAACAGUUGUUGGAUUUUUAACUUAUGACGAUAAGGUUCAUUACUACAAUCUAAAGAGCACCUUGAAACAACCGCAGAUGAUUGUCAAUACAGAUGAUGAUCCUGAUUUCCUUCCUCUUCCGGAAGACUUGGUUGUGAAUCUUUCUGAUAGCAAAGACUUAGUCGUCGAACUUCUAAACCAGCUCCCUGUCAUGUUCAAUGACUCAGUUGAGUAUGAAACAAACCUAGACCAUGUUGUAAAGUCUAUUGGCAUUCUUACAAAGGCAACUGGAGCCAAGGUAUUCCUUUUUGAGUCCUCUCCUAUGUCAACUAAGUUCCCUCAUCUGCAGGUAACCAACAAGCCAGGGGUAAAAGAGAGGCCAGAGCUACUCAAGAGCACUUCACAUCUCUUUAAAAGCUACGCAGUGGAGUUAUCGCAUUAUUACGUGAGCAUCGAUCAGUUUGUGAUUAUCAAUCACAAUACCUUUAAAAAUGUUGCUACUCUGCAAGAUAUUUCAAGGUAUACUCAUGGAAGGUUCUAUUAUUAUUCUCAAUUCAAUGCUUACCAACAUGGAAUCAAGCUGGAUCAGGAGUUCCACACUGCUCUUACAGCUAAGUCAGCAUGGGAAGCAGUUGGCAGAAUCAGAGUUUCAGGAGGGUACAAACAAGUUUCCACCCUAGGAAACUUCCUUGUGAAAGCCAGAACAGCAGAUCUGCUUAGUCUUCCUGUCUGAGAUGAGCACAGAUUUAUUCAUUAUGAGUUGGAAAGAUCUGAAGGAGGAGAUGCCCAGAGAAAAACAACUCAAGAAAAUGAAACCCAUAUCUUUGUGCAAACCGCUCUGUUGUAUACAUCCUCCGAAGGAGAAAGAAGGAUUAGAGUUCAUAAUCUCACAAUGCCAGUUACUAGGACUCCAACUGAUCCUUACGAGUAUUCAGACCAGAACGCAAUCUGACCUUUUAUUUUAAAGAAAGGAAUUGAUAAUUUGGAGAAUCUGAAUCCAAACCUCCUCAGCUCAAAGAGUUAUGUUGAAAUGUGAUACUCUAACUUGAUGAGUACAGUCCAAAGGCUUUAUCAUAACAAUCCUCCUGAAUCAAUGGAUUAUCUCGUUCUCUACUGUAUGGGAACACUCAAGAAUGAGAUUUUCUCUCCAGCCCAAAACUUGCAAGCAAAUGCUUACAUUGACAAAGUCAAUUACAUAAGAUACCAGAUGAGGCAGAUGGGCUCUGAUGAGUUAAUGAACAUUAUCUGGCCUCAGCUGUUUCAUGUUAGUGAAGAGACUCUCUCCUCUGAAAGCCUUCCUCCUCUAUUAAACUUAUCAAGAGCCUGAUUGGAGACUACAGGGGUAUUCGUGCUUUUCAAUACAUUCAACUGCUACAUCUGGAUCGGAAAUGAAGUUGAUAGUUUCUUCCUUGACCAGCUCUUCAAGGUCCAAACCUUAGACGACAUUACUAACAUUGAAAUCUCAGAGGAAGAGAUUUUCUUUGGGCCAGAUCAAGAAGCAAAAGGAUGGGUACAAGAGCUCUACAAUAUAAUUCAGUCUCUCAGGAUUUCUACCCUCAUUUAUCCAGAAAUAAAGGUCUUGUUCGAGUUUGAUCAAAAUUCUGAAAUUAUUUUGAAGGAAUACAUGCUUGAAGAUGCUACUAAGGGAUAUGACUUCAGCGUAAUCAAGAAGAACUUGACGUCUAAAUCAAUGCCUUUGUCAAUGCCUUAUUAAUUAGUGGAACUAACAGAAUUUUCAUUAUU